AGUUCGUUGUUUUCCGGCGUCGCGUGUGGAUGUGUUCUAAUCCGUGGCUUUCGCUUUGAUAUUGCCAGAGUAGGUAAACGUUUGCUGCCAUUCGGUUGGAGGAAAUAUAAAGAUAGAUUUUUUUCUCUCCUUCCUGUAUAUCGGACUCAUCAGAAGCAACAGCAACGGGCAAAACGGUACAGCGAGUGCAGUCAGUGAAUUUAUCCACUAGUGAAACCAGGGCGAAAAACGUCGAAUUGUGUGGUUGCUCUAUCGAAGGGAGGGUGAAGUGAGUCUUUUUUUUACGCAGUGUCUAAGGGCAUCGUGAAAAUUGUGCUUUUCGUGUGGGAAAAGAAAGUCGCAAGUUAUAACUGAGAACAACAAAGGUUUUUUAUGUGAAAUCGAUACAAGUGUAAGAUACUCGAAGAAAAGGGCAGAAAAACGUGAACGUGAAAUUGUGAUUGUGAAUCGUUGGUAUAAGAAGAUAAUUAGCAGCAAUGGCGGCGCCAGUAGCACCAGUUAAGAAAGUGCCGAUACAUUUACAGAGUGCACAAAACCGACUGUACAUCAAACGGGGUCACGUGGUAAACCACGAUGGAAUGCAACAGGCGGAUAUCUACAUCGAGGACGGAAGUAUCAGAUAUGUUGGAUCCGGUGCAGACUUUGUCGUUCCGGGAGGCUGCCGCACGAUAGACGCUACCGGAAAGAUGAUUAUACCCGGUGGUAUCGAUCCGCACACACACUUCCAGCUGGAGUUCGGUGGCACCGUUGCGGUGGAUGAUUUCUACCAGGGAACCAAAGCGGCCGUCGCCGGUGGAACCACCACAGUCAUUGAUUUCGUCAUUCCGAAAAAGGGCGAAUCGCUCCUGGAAGCGUACGACACAUGGCGAGCACGUGCCGAUACCAAAGUGGUUUGCGACUACGGUCUGCACGUGGCCAUCACUUGGUGGUCCAAAUCGGUUCGCGACGAGAUGAAGAUCCUGUGCCAAGAGCGUGGCGUAAACUCGUUCAAAUGCUUCAUGGCGUACAAGGGCCUGUUCCAGGUCACCGAUAGUGAACUGUACGAGAUAUUCGAAACGUGCAAGGAACUGGGAGCGGUGGCCCAGGUACAUGCCGAAAACGGAGACGUCAUCGCCAAGAACGUUCAAAAGCUGCUGGCCGCCGGAGUUACCGGUCCGGAAGGUCACGAACUGUCGCGCACCGAGGAAGUGGAGGCCGAAGCGGUCAACAGGGCUUGCGUGAUUGCGCACCAGACCAAGACACCGCUCUACGUCACCAGGGUAACAAGUAAGCUGGCUGCCGAGCAGGUGUCCCAAGCGAGAAGGCGUGGCCUACUUGUGUACGGUGAAACGCUGGCCAGCUCCCUUGGCUGUUCACUAACCAAUGUUAAACCUAACACGCUGGCCUACUACGUGACCAGUCCGCCCAUUCGCCCGGAUCCUGAAACUCCGCGACAUCUGAUGAAGUUCCUGGCGUUGGACGAUCUGCAAACGACCGGCAGCGAUAACUGCACCUUCAAUAAGAACCAGAAAGAACUCGGCCUUGGCGACUUUACUAAGAUUCCUAACGGCGUCAACGGUGUCGAGGACCGGAUGUCCGUCGUCUGGGAGAAAGGUGUCCAGACGGGACUGAUCGACCCGCAACGGUUCGUUGCCAUCACCAGUACAAAUGCGGCCAAAAUCUUCAAUAUCUACCCGCGCAAGGGCCGUAUCGCUCCGGGCUCGGAUGCGGAUGUUCUUAUCUGGGAUCCGCAGGCGGUCCGUACCAUUUCUGCCUCUACUCAUCAUCAGGCUUGCGACUUCAACAUCUUCGAGGGCAUGAAGUGCCACGGCGUACCGGAGUACGUGAUCGUCCAUGGCCGGGUUUGCGUCGAGAAUGGAUUGUUGCGGGUGGCCGAGGGACAAGGUUCGUUCCUGGAAACGCCAAUCAAUCCACCGUUCGUUUACGAUGCACUGAACGGAAUCACCAACCGGAACGGAGAUGACAAGGAAGCUCGCAAUGGGCUGCAAAACUUGGAUUUGAACCAGAAGCACGACGUUCCGGACUCGUAUGCUUUGCCGGAUAAGUACGUUCCCGGACCUGCUCUGAGCAUUAUCUCUGGCGAUUCGGCCGUCAGCACGCCGCACAGUGCACGAGGUCACCGACCUGAUGGGACCAAGGAUAUGCAGCAAUCGACGUUCUCGAUCAGUGAGGAAAUGGACACCAGCGGAAAUCGUGCGUGUAUCCGCGUAAAGAAUCCACCCGGCGGAAAAUCUUCCGGCUUCUGGUAAACUAAUAGAUCAGUAACAAAUAACGAAGACAAUGGAUUCUUCCCAAAAUCGACAAAUUAUUUAUUACCAAUCAAUCGUACCAACCUCGGUUUAGAGAGCUAAGAUCACGAAACCAAAUUAAUGAUAAUACUGGAACAAACUCAGAUAAUUACUAAGUAACAGACCAUAACCUUUCAUAUCUUGAGCAGCAGAUAUCGAAUGUGUCUUCAAAUAACGAUGAUUUGAUGCAGCAUGAAAGCUUCCAGCGCUGAAGUAUAGUAAGAUUUGAACAUGUCGAAAACAUGUUUAAUCUCAAACCAAAUUAAAAAAAAAUACCGAUUAACAAGUAGGUAAAACCAUAUGACAAAUUACAUACCGACUAAUAUCUCUACCGUACUACUAUACUAAAUAAACUCACUAAAACCCAAAUGAAUGUUUCGUCUAAUUUUCACAACUCUGUAUAAUUUAUAACUGCGUUGAACCAAAGCAGACAAGCUUGAAUAAUCUAAUUUAUUUAUAACAUCGUAAUAACCGUUGUAAAUCAACCGGAAACCAUUGUUGUAACAAAUAAUCAAACAAUUCCCAGCAGGCUGACAAAUGUGCAAUUCUUUUUCCAUAUUUCCCCAGUGAAAUUUAGAGCUUAUCACAUUCACAUGCACACAUUCAUACCAUUAGCACAUGAACCACAACUCAACAUCACUCACACACUUGCGCACAACACCAAUACAUAGCUUGAAUUGAUUGGGCCUUUGGAAAACUUUAAAUAAGAGAGUAAAUUAUUUCUAUAUUUAACGUACAUAAAAAUUUAAACAAUCGAAAAGUGCUCCUUUCCUAAAUACAAAUUUGUUGCGAUUAAGUUUCAUCCCAAUCAUGGCUUAGUGAAAAUUUACAAACGAAUAAAAUCCGCGCGACAAAAAAUAAGAACAAGUAAACGUUAUGGAACAAUAUUGAUAGAUUUAUCUGCUAUAAUCGCGUAAUUGCUUCGCUUGGACUUGAUCGUAAUUCUAUAAUGUUUGUGGCGUUUAGCUAUCGGAUUGCAAUUUAUUGUUUUAAGUUUUUAUUACCAUUAGACAAGCGGAAAUCGAUCGUCGCAACAACACACUACAAAGGAGUAACGCGAACGUGACGUAACAUAAGUUAGCUUGUACUGUAGAGUGACUCUUGUAAUCGUGGAAACGAAAUAAAAAUGUACCGUUAUGGAAGUAGAA